AUGACCUAUGGUGAUCAUCGGAAGCCUCUGGGGUCCAGGACUUUCACCAGUGCCUGUCAAAGCAAUAAGCCACCUCCACACUGCGGCGUCAGUGAAGUCUCUCUGGAGAGCCUGGACUUCCACCCCAGCUACUGUGACGAGGCUGCCCUCUCUUCUCUGCCAGGGUUAUCAGAGGAGAUCGAGUGGAAAGCUGCGACUCUCACCCCACCCAGCUGUGGGUUAGUUGCCGAAAUCUUCUGGUGCCCCAAGGAGAUCGAAGCUUAUUCGUUAGGCGAUUCCGCCAUCUAUUGGUCACAUGCGGGACUGCAGCAGUCCUUCUGCGAAUGUGGUGAGGAGCGUGAGGGACCUGAAUCGGGUGAGACAUGCCUGUCAAUCUCUUUGAGUGAGUUCGCUGGGGUCCUGGGAGCCACGCCAAGCUGGGACAACCGAAAAUGGCAGACAUCGCCACAUGUUCUCCAAGACAAAACUGCCCCCUUGCCCUAUCUCUGGGACAUCCGCUUGCCGGAUGGCGGCCUCUUUAAAGUGUUUGACGUGUUCGCUUCUGUGUUUGCUCCAAGGAGGAUGGUGGCUCUUCCAGGACACAGUCUGUCCGGUGUAGUUGCCUCCGUGCUGCUCACCAUGAAGCAGCCAGAUUGGCAUUUCCUGGUUCCUCUUUUAUACCGUUUUGUAGAUGACUUCAGAGUAACUAGUCCCACCCAUCCUAUCAUGGCCAGGGUAGGGGAAGAUGCCCUCCUGACACGUCAGCUCUUCCCCAGGAGGACAUCAGUACACAUGGAGGUGAAGUGGUACUGCUUGGAGCCCAGCACAACUGUGUUUGCACACUGGCACGGAGUUGGAGCGACCGAGAUGCUGAUGCAGGAGUACAGAAGCAGAAUGGAGUUGACAAAGGAUGACGUUGCUGAGGGAAGGGAGGUGAAGAUGUACAACAUUCAACCAUCUGAUAAUGGGCAAUACUGGCGCCAUUUUCAAGAGGGGAACUACUGUGGAGAAGCAAGCUUGCUGCUCAAUGUAGCGGGUCUGGGGUCUGAUCAAUACGACAUGGAGGGAAAUGUGCAAAGUGGAAUCCAGCUGGUGUGCACUGCAAAAGGCUGGUUCCCAGAGCCCCAUAUUUAUUGGGAAGACAGCACAGAGAAGCUGCUGACUGUGUCUGAGCAUCACAUCCAAGGUACAGAUGGCCUAUUCUAUGUGGAAGCCACUCUUGUUGUCAGGAAUGCCUCUACAGAGAGGGUAUCUCGCUUCAUCCACAGUCCCAUCCUCAGUGAGGAGAAGUGGUCAGACACCCCCGUCCCAGGUCAGUGCCCUGUCUCUACCACCAUGCACUCCGGUUAACAGGGAAGGUUCCAGGGACUGUUCUGUAGCACUUAAUAUUUUUUUAUCAAGAAAAAUGUAGUAACAUGUUUUAAAAGGUAUAAAAUAUUUAUGACUGGAAAUACAUAUGUUAUAUUUUGAUUGAAUAGCUGUUGUUAAUGGUACUCCAGUUAUUUUCAAGUUUGGCCUUUAAUUCUGUCUGAAUUGAUUUUCUUCACUCACAAGUAUGCAUCACAUUGUAAAUAAAACAAAACUAUAUUCUUGCAAUUGAAAUGCUUUCUUAUGCUGUAUUAUGUUGAUUACUUCCAGGAACCUAUCAUAUGAAGAUAAUCAGAGAUAAAUAAUAGAAAACCAAUAACAGAAAAUCAAAACUAUUUACAUAUAGCAUCUUAAUUACAGCCUUAUUUAUAAAUAACAACAAAACAACAGCCAAAAAUAACCCAACAUAGCAAUGGAGUGUUAAGUGUAUUACAUUAUUAUAAAUUACAGUGUUGAAAGAAAUGGAAAUUAAAACUACAAUGAGAUAUCACCUCACACCAGUUAGGAUGGCCACCAUCCAAAAGACAAACAACAAAUGCUGGUGAGGAUGCAGAGAAAGGGGAGCCCUCCUACACUGCUGGUGGGAAUGUAAGGUAGUUCAACCAUUGUGGAAAGCAGUAUGGAGGUUCCUCAAAAAACUAAAAAUAGAAAUACCAUUUGACCCCAGAAUCCCACUCCUUGGAAUAUACCCAAAGAAUACAGCUUCUCAGAUACAAAGAGACAGAUGCACCCCU